UGUGAUCCUGUUGUUCGCUGACUGAUCAGCACAGAGGGAAGCUCGAAGUGAUCGUGGCGCAUUUCUUGUUACAUAGUCGACACUUCUUCCUCUUGAUUUUCUUUGGUGGUGAACACUUAUUGUGGCAGCCUGACUUGGAGAACGACUUUCCUAGCUGUUGCUGUAUUUUAUAGUCGUACUGAAAAAGGUAUCAGCUCACCUGCGUGCCGCUUCUUUGGACAGUCCGAGCUGUGAUGGGCGACUCAGAGGGGAGAAGCCCUGGAAGCGGCCGAGGAAAGACGAGGGGUGUCGUGGUGGUCGUGCCCGAAGAAUCUCACCAGGGCACGAAAGGAAAGGGCAAGAAAGAGAGUACAAAAGCCACUGGUGGAGUGGAUUUGACCAAAACGUUCAAAAAAGCGAAGGAUGACAAAUUGAAACGUGUUGAUGUCUCGCGUCAGGAGGUGACAGUCUUGCCGUCUAACAUCAAAGAUUUGCACCAUUUGGAGGAGUUGUACUGCUAUGGCAACCGAAUUGCCAUUUUGCCGCCGGAGAUCGGAAAUCUCAAGAACCUGCGAAUGCUUGGGAUCAAUGAGAAUAACCUGACCACCCUGCCAUCUGAAAUGAAGAAUUUGACCAACCUGCAUGUUCUUGACUGUCGGCAUAACAAGCUAAGAGAGGUUCCCGCGGUAGUGUAUGAACUGAAGGCGUUGCAGACUCUCUUUCUCCGCUACAACCGGAUAGUCUCUAUGUCUUCCACGAUCCAGCAGCUGGAGAGCUUGACAACGUUAAGUCUACGCGAGAACCGUAUCAAGGAGCUUCCAGAAGGAAUCGGCGGAUUGCGAAACCUGGUCACACUCGACGUCAGUCAUAACCAGCUGGAGUCAGUACCGGAAAGCAUCGGUAACUGUGUCAAGCUCGCUACUCUGGAACUGCAGCACAACGAGCUGGAGACCAUCCCAGAAUCGAUCGGCAACUGCACACAGCUCAAGCGUUUGGGAAUGAGAUAUAACAAGCUGAUCGGAGUGCCCGCUUCCAUUCAGAACUGCACGCUGUUGGAGGAAUUCAACACCGAGCAGAACAAGAUGGUUGAGCUGCCGAAUGACCUGCUGUCUCAUCUGAAGAAAGUCGAGAUUGUACAGCUAUCGCGGAACCAGUUCACGGCAGUGCCACCAGGCCCGCCAUCUAUGUUUGAGGAUGUCCAGGCCCUCAACUGCGACCACAACAAAAUUACAGAUAUUCCGGAAGGCAUGCUCCUGACAGCGAAAUACUUGACUAAAGUAAAUUUUGCCGGCAAUCAGAUUCCCUCAUUACCGAGAGACUUUGGUGAGUGGAAGUACGUUCUGGAGUUAAACCUGGCAUCCAAUCAGCUUGCCAAGCUUCCCGAGGACAUCAAAUGUCUGACUCAGCUGCAGGUCCUGGUAUUGGCGCAGAACUCCAUUCGGCAUCUGCCCAAGGGAAUUGGCUUCCUGCGAAACCUCACUCAGCUCGACCUGGAAGGCAACAAGCUUGACUCACUGCCAGCUGAGAUUGGUUUCCUGACCAUGCUGGAAAAACUGAACAUCCAGUCCAACUGCAUCAGGCAACUGCCGCGUGGUAUUGGUCAUCUCAUCAACCUGCGCCAGUUCAGUGCCGGGGAGAACGAGCUGCAGUACCUACCAGAAGAAAUCGGUACAUUGGAGUCUCUGGAAGAGCUGUACUUGAAUGACAACUGCGACUUGCAGAUGUUGCCGUUUGAGCUGGCUCUCUGCCGUCGGCUAGCGCUGAUGAGCAUUGAAGGGUGCCCACUGCGGCACCUGCCACCCCAGUAUGUGGAGGCCGGUCCCUCCGGCAUCAUUCAGUUCUUGCGCACACAGGGACCGUACCGAGGUUUGUAAGCGCGCCAUGCCGGUCACAACAACUAAUUCAUGCAGUAGACAGUAGACAGCCCAUGUCUUCAUUGCCAUUCGGGGCCACUGUCUGCGCGUAUAAUUUUGACACCGGUGCGGUGCGUGCCUCGUAACGCUUAGGCGUUGGUGUUUGUUCAACGGACGACGUAUUUAAUUCCAAGUAGUAGCCACCGUGACUUGUAGCUCACUUCGGGUGUAGCCCGAGCCAUCGCUUCAUAGCCUGUACCUUCUUAGUGAUAGUUUAUGUGUUGCCCGGCGCCCGUAUCCCAAGACGACGGCAGGAUCGGCUCAGUCUGGGUCUCUGCUGGCCAGGCCAGCAGAGCGUUCUCCCACCGAGUGCCUUAGCCUAGAAACGACACUGUCCUGGAGACGACAUUGGACAAGCACCUGUUCGCUGUGGGCCUGACCUGUGGCUCCGUGCUAGUGUUAUAGAAACCUGCCAUGUGUACCGUGGCCGCGUAGUUAUGGUAAUCUUGCCUGGCAAGCCGUUCGGUUGCUUCGGCGGAUGGCUAUGCGUUCUCCUUAUUUUGUAGUCCUGUGUUUUCUAAGACGCUCGAGAGUUAUGGCGCGAUCAGCUCCCGUGACAUACGAGCCAUUUCUCCUCGGUAGUUUUUCAAUAGUCUUUCGCUAGAAGGGCGUUAUUUGUAUCUUUGAUUGGAACUUAAAACAUGUCUUAACCGUUUCCAGCCAGCAUCUGUCCGACAUAAUCCUAUUAUCCAUUCUGUACUUGCUCUCCUUAUUACACUGUGCCCCAUGGUCCCCAUUGUCCCCGCACUCCCGCUUAGUCUCUUCAUAACCAGGGUCUUCUGGCUCGGUGCGGCUGACGUGGCUGCCAGCGAGAUGCGAUGCUGCGUUUCCCUGGCCGUUGCACUAUUCGAAUUUGCCGCUGAUACUCUUCGCCGCAGACUCCAUAGCUCCGUUUGCGCGUAGCUGCCGCCUGAUGGGGCGCGUAUGUUCCUGUUUACCAAACAGCAUUUAACCAGACUCCGUUGAUGCUCGGAGUUGACCGCAGUGCCAGCUGUAUCGGCUGCCAAUAAAUGCUUCUUCCAGUUCUUUUUUUUCCAUUGAUUUCCCCUGCGGCUCCUUGUCCUCCUGGCCUGCUUUGAAUACCAUAUGAAUAGUUUGUCCUCUUUUAUUGGGCGCGCACGAGUAGCCUCUUCCCUUCGUAUCUCUGUGCUGCGUUUCCAUUUUCCAGUGAAUUUUCUAGUUUUUAUCACCCUUGUUUCCCCUUUUUUUUCAUUGCAAUGUGCGUUGUGUUGCUCUGCGACGAUGUUCUUCUCUCUCUCUUCACUGCGUGUUUUUGUUUCUUCUUCUUCUUCUCCCGCUUCUUUUGUUUGAGCCAAUACCGCCUGCAGGUUUGGACUUGACUUGAGACUUGUUGUCAUAGGUUUGUAAGCAUUUGGAUGAUUUGUCUCCUGGCUGACAUGUAGAACUGUGCUGUACAUUGA